CUUGUGUAGUGCCAGUAAGCCAGGCUAGUGAACAAAAAAUAAAAAAAAAUUGAGGACCUUAUAUAUCCAGAGCGAGUGUGAAAUAGCAACAGACAACUUUGAAUUAUUCUGCUAAUCAGCCAUAUCCUGCAAGGAAGUUAAACUCUCUUCUUCUGCAAGGGAGAAAAUUCUGCAAGUCAACCUUCUCUCUUCUUCUGCAAGGGAGUUAUGCUUGAUAACCUCGCUGGCCUUUGCAACAGCAUGAGGCAAAUGGGAUAAGCACCGUAUGCCAGCUAUCUGUCAUGGUCUGCAUCCACCCACUGCCCAGAACGAACUGGAGCACAUACCUGCCAACAGACCAAGUCCCCAUUUAGCCCAGAACUCCAUCAGGGGGUUCAGGUUUGUAAUUUCAGAACCUUGGAAGCUGUCUGUCCUGCCUGCUUACUGCCUGGGAUUUGAAAAUGUUCCCUUAAAAUGUUCCCUCUUUCCACAACCAAGGGUCGCUCUGGGUCACACUUGCUCCUCUUCCUCUGAAAAGCCCCUUGAUGUUGACAUCCCUCUGUUACUUAAUCUAUGUUAGCCUUGACAAAGCCAAGCUGGGCCCGAUUUAGCCCUUUCAGUUAGGCAUGGUGACCGUUCUUACACCUCAGGCUCCCUCCUGGUAUCAGUCCCAAGCAGGCAUCCCUUUUCAGUUAGCUGUAGAUUUCCUUGGGAGCUGUCGGAACGUACAAAAUCUCUUUGGGCUGCAGAAGAACUAAAGCAAGGCUGCAGGUUGGGGUAGGAAACAAGCAUUCAGCCCGUAGCCCAACUUCCCCAUAAACUGAUUUGAUAGGUGCUCAAGAGACGAAGCCAGAAGGUGGCAUUCCAGUGAAUUCUGAAUAAAAGUACCGCAAGCAGAGCGCUCUUUCUUCCAAAAGCAACUUGCUCAUCAUAGGAAGACUGUGAGGUCUCGGACAGAGCAGUAAAGAAGAAUGAGUACUACAGAAGAGGCUGAAGCUUUGAAAAUGUUAUUUCUGGAUCAGCAUGCAUUUCUCAUACCAAAGAUUAUGUUUACCGCCUCUGAUCUUGGUGUAUUUGAUCUACUGAUGGAGUCCAAGGAACCGUUGACUUCAGUGACUAUUGCCGAACGUCUGGGUACCAGUCCCUUUGGGAUGGAGAGGCUGCUGGACGCCUGUGUUGGCUACAAGUACCUGAGAGUGGAGACAAAGGACAACCAAACGCUUUAUGGAAAUACCGACCUUGCCAAUCUCUACCUUGGCAAAAGAAGCCCAAAGACUCAGUAUUAUUCCUUGAAGUUCAAUGCUGAAUUUGCCUAUACGAGAGCACAGCACCUGGCUGAUGCUGUGAGGGAAGGAAAGGCUCAGACGUAUAGAUUAAGUGACAGUUCUACAAACAAUUUCUAUGAGGCUAUGUACAGAACAGAGAGUGGCUUGCGAGAAUUCAUGGAGUUUAUGCGUGAGAUGUGGAGUCUGUGUGGUCGAAUUGUGUUGAAUGCAUUUGAUCUCUCUCAUUUCCCACUUGUUUGUGAUGUGGGAGGAAGCAGUGGUACCCUCGCAAAGGAAUAUAUUUCAUUGUAUCCAAAUUCUACAGUGAUCAUUUUAGACCUACCUGAAGUAGUGGAAAUAGGAAAGAAGCAUUUUGUCUCCUCAGAGGAACACAGAAUUACUUUUCACGAAGGUGAUUUUUUUAAAGAUCCAAUUCCGGAAGCUGACCUGUAUAUUUUGGCUAGGAUUCUGCACUGCUUUAGAGAUGAGAAGUGUGUGCAACUGCUAACCAGACUGCACAAAGCCUGCAAGCCUGGUGGCGGAGUUCUAGUAGUGGAAAGAGUUCUCACCGAAGACAGAACGGGGCCAUUGGAAGCUCAAAUAUAUAGUUUGGUUAUGCUGCUUAUUACUCAAGGAAAAGAACGGACCCCGUCAGAGUACAAUGCAUUCUUCAAUGCUGCUGGCUUUAAGGAGAUUCAACAAAAGAAAACAGGCCACUUUGACGCCAUUUUAGGAAGAAAAUAACAUUGACCAAGAACAUUCUGUGAGCGUCGUGACUGAACGGAUGUAUUUUAGCCCGAUUCUUUGCAGCCACAACUGAACAUGCUAAAUCGCUAUACUUUCUUUCUUUCUUUCUUUUUUGCAAAUCCUCACCAUGUGGAAAUAGCUCCUCCACCCUCCUGCUUAUCAUUAUAGUUGAAUACUAAGAGAAGCUAGAAUAAUAAUAA